CGAAGUUCUCCUUGUUCUUAAUGUCGCUUAAUGUUUGGACGUGUUGUUCUGGUCCAAAACUGUUUGCCUUUUUUAAUGCGUUUUAAAGAACCCGCACUGCUCAAAGUUCAUUACAUCUCAGCACUUUUUUUAGAAAUUAGCGACUAAACUGAGUUAGGGUGAUCUGGUGGAGCACUGCCCUGAAAGUUAAGGUUACAAUGUUCCAGGGCGGCACGGUGGCUCAGUGGGUAGCAAGAAGGUCCUUUCUGUGUGGAGUUUGCAUGUUCUCCCUGUGUCUGCGUUUCCUCCAGGAGCUCCGGUUUCUUCCCACAGUCCAAAAACAUGCUAAGAGCCUGGGUCAGUCGCAGCCACCUGGAUUAUUCCUUGAGAAUAUAUCAUAAUGUUUGCACUUGAAUAAAAAGAACUUCACCAAAAAUCAAUUAAAGGAGAUUUCUGUUUGAAACCCACCCUCCCUCCCCCAAUUUUGAGUUAUUUUGGUCGAUAGGACAAAUUUGAAAAUAAUGUUGGAGCAGAUUUGUUGUGUUGUAUCUGUUUCUGACACCAGCUGCACUCAAAAGCAACGAAAUCCACUGAGCUGCAGUGGAGUUUUUUUAAAUCAUCGAUCUGGGUUUGUGCUGUGCAGUGGUGCUUUGUUUUUUAAUUUCUUAAUUGAUAAAGAUUGUAUCAACACCAACUCAAAAAUAUUGAGUGUCAACAAUUUUCAUAACAAAAUGCAAGUUUUCAUUCAUCAUAUGGAUAUGACAAUGAACCAGGGUAAAACCAAAGCUGACCUCUUCAUGAUGAUCAACUGUGCUGAGUUCCAGGUGGCUUUCCAAAAACUGUUCACAGAAGCAGACAAGUGGAAUUUCUAUAAUGGUGACGAGGAAGCAGAAACUCUCUUUGACCCCAGUUUUUUAAGUUGGUUUGCAGUGCUGAAACUGUCCACAGGUUCACACGGACAGAUUGUACCUUGGGUAAAAAGUACUACUCUUGAGAAGGGACAUUCUGUCUUGGUGUGUGGUUCUCCAUUUGGCUCCUUCUGUCCAGAUCUGUUCAUGAACACCCUGAGCAAGGGCAUAGUGAGUAACACAGCAGGACAGGAGAAUGCACUGAUUUUGACCGAUGCUCGCUGUCUUCCUGGCACUGAAGGAGGGGGUGUCUUUGUCAACAACGGGGACAUGUUGUAUCUUGUAGGUUUAAUUGUUUCUCCACUGUGCUGGAAGUCGAAUGAAUGGAUUGGUCUGACUUUAGUGUGUUCUUUUCACUUAAUUUUAAAAAAUGUCCUACAAGCUGUGACCUCUCAUCAGUCACCGAGAGAAAUCUUACCAGACUCAGUAAAGAACAACCCACAAGCAGAUGCACAGCAAAGGACAGAAAAUGGAUUAUACCCAACAGUGGUUUUGAUUGAAAGUGGACAACAGUGGGGUUCUGGAAUAAUGUUAAGCCCCCGUUUAGUGUUAACCUGCAGACAUGUUGUCGAUGGAAAAACAUUUCUGAAAGUCACAUUUAACAGUGGUCAAAGAUUCCGUACUGUAAAUGGUGACGUGCUGUACUCUUCAAAUGCAUCUUCUCCAUAUGAUAUUGCUGUGGUGCAGCUGCAAAAGUCCUUAGAUGUUGUGGUGCCACAGUUAACCAAGAGUUUAUAUCCAGGUGAGGAUGUAUUCGUGUUGGGUUAUGGAGCUUUAGGCAAAACCUGUGGCCCGUCACUGACCUCAGGGAUCCUCUCCAGAGUCAUCAGUCUGAAAAACAAGCCAGUAAUGCUGCAGACAACAUGUGCAGUGCAGUGUGGAGCCAGCGGUGGUGCAGUAAUCCGUGCCAAAACCGGGGAGUUACUAGGUAUUGUGUCCAGCAAUACGAGAGACUUCACAGCCAAGGUUACAUAUCCACACUUAAACUUCAGCAUUCCUGUUUCUGUUUUGGAGCCACUGCUGUGUAGCUUUGCCCAGACAGGAGACUCAGCUGUGUUUCUGUCAUUGGACUGUGCAGAGGAGGAAGUAAGCAGGGUGUGGAGACUCCAGGUUUCUCAAAGUAAGCUGUGAAUACUUUUGUUCAUUCACACGGAACAUGUGUGAUGACCCUGCUGUUCACCCUACUGUUAUAUUCUGAAUUCACAUUACUUCCUUCCCCAAAAAGACUGCUUUGCUUGAAACCUUAAUGAGAAAAAAAAAUAUGGAUGUUUUGCCAUCAGUGGUGGAAAGGUAAUUCUUUUUAAUUGAAAGUUGAAUGUUAAUGAAUGUAAUGGCAUUGGUUCUGUGGUUAAGUAGUCUGUGAAACAACGGUUGUGCAACAGGAAAAUUUCACUUGGAACAGCCUAAGAAGUUGGAUUUACAAUUGUGAAACUUGGGAUUCUGGAUUUUACAAGUUUACAGGACGUAGCAUCUAUCACAAACUUGAUUUUUUUUAGUGCAAAUGAAAAUAAUCUAAUAAAUAAUAAUAUUCUACUGAUUCUUUGAAAAAAUCCUGACCAUUAUCUGAGAACAUUUCUUGCUUACUUCGAGUUGUGGGCAUGUUUUUAUAAGCAUCAGAAUGCAGCAC